AUGGCGUCCAACGUAGAGGCCCCGGAAUCUUGGUACCUCGCCCUUCUCGGCUUUGCAGAACAUUUCCGCACCUCAAGUCCACCCAAAAUUCGUCUGUGUGUACAUUGUCUUCAAGCGGUUUUCCAAUUUAAACCUCCGCAAAGGGUGGAGGCAAGAACUCAUCUUCAACUAGGCUCGGUCCUAUAUCAUCAUACGAAGAACAGCGAGCUCGCGCGGAGCCACUUGGAGAAAGCGGUGAGGAGGGAGAGUUUGGAAAAGCUCGUGGAUGGAGUCAGAGAUGCGCUCAUCGGGGUCUCGUAUAGUGAAAUGGGAAAACGUUAUAUUGCUAGCUUUAGAUCCUGACCCUUUGAUCAUAUCAUUCAUAUGUAAUUGCAUUCAGAAUAUUAUUUGUUAGUUAGUUAGCAUGAUAGUUUAGCCGCCAGUCCUAUUGCAUCUACUGUAGCUAGAUAGCGUCACUGUGUUACAAGUUGCAAACAGUUGAUUACUUUGACUAAGUUAUGCAUCCAUAAUGUGUAUUUUGUCUCUAACAUCUCUUUUCUUUUUAGUGGUUCAUAUCACAACAAGUAUCCUUUUCAAUUCUAUGGUUUCAACCCCAACACUUAGCUGGGGAACAACACAGUGCUUGGUCCUCUGUAACUCAGUUGGUAGAGUAUGGCGCUUGCACCGCCAGGGUUGUGGGUUCGAUUCUCAUACAUAAAAUGUAUGCAUGCAUGACUGUAAAUCGCAUUGGAUUAAAGCGUCUGAUAAAUGGCAUAUAGUAUGUUACUAACUAGCAUUACAAUGUGUGUUUGCUGUUCCAAGCACAUCUCAGUAGUCAAAUUCUGGAUUAAAUGUCAAGAUUAUGUGUGUAUUGCUAGGUAUUAUUACUGCAAUGUUGGAGCUAGGAACACAAGCAUUUCACUGCACCAGUGAUAACAUCUGCAAAUCUGUGUACCCAACCAAUAAACUUUGAUUUGAUAUGGCUUCCUUCACUGAAUAUCUCAGAUCCCACAGUUUGAAGAUGUUAAAUUUGAGGCUGCAAGUCUUUUAUCAGAACUGUACUGUCAGCAGGUACCGGUAAAUAAAGCUAAAAUACAUUUGAAUGCUUUUGCUGUCUGGAGAUCCAUUUGAAAAACAUGUUUAUAUGCAAGUGUAAGGUUGAAUAGUUAUGACUCUGUAUUUGCUGUUUUCAGAAUCUGGUGGAUUCUGCAAAGCCUUUACUGCGAAAGGCAAUCCAGAUCUCACAGCAGACUCCCUAUUGGCACUGCCGCCUGCUGUUUCAACUGGCGGUAAGUUGUGUUGCGCUUUAUUGUAAGUACUGACUGAACGGAAUAGUUGUAGUUUUUAUUUAGCCCUUAGGCCGGACAAAGUUGAAUUACUGCCCGCCUUACUUUUCAACACACCCCGCAAAAGAAAAUCAGAUGUGUUAUUUUUUGGCCAAUAUAUGCGGCGCAUUGUUUAUAAUGCACUGACCUUUCUCCCUUGAGGCUUUCCCAAGUUGAUGCACAAGAGACCAAACAGCCACGGAUCACGUGCUCAGAGCCUUGGAUUGGACAGUGAAAUAGGUUAAACGUGGGUCGUCUCUCAUAAACAAACAGUCGGUUAAAUUAAUGGUUAAUGCAUCAUUUUCAGAUCUAUUAAAAGCGAUUAAUAGACGAAACAACAAUGUCAUUGAACCAAUUGACUGGCCAGAGAUCAGGGCAUUCAUCAGCAAAGACGCAGUGCAAGCUGAUAGUAUUUUGAAAAUUUUACAUUUUAGUCAUUUAGCAGACGCUCUUAUCCAGAGCGACUUACAGUUAGUGAGUGCAUACAUUUUUCAUACUGGCCCCCCGUGGGAAACAAACCCACAACCCUGGCGUUGCAAGCGCCAUGCUCUACCAACUGAGCUACACGGGGCCCUAUCUACCAGGGCCCAAAUUGAAGUCAAAAUGAUUGAUGAAAUUGAAGUGUGUCAGCUGUAUGGUGAUUUGCGAUUCAUUACUUACAUUUUACCGGUACUACCAGUAGUAGUAGGCCAACCGAUAACACCAAGACGGAAUGCGUUUGAAGUGAUGAUGCGCCGCCGAAAACAGCUAGCAUGUCCAGCAAAGUACAUCGCCAGUGGCACGCACACACUUCAUGCAGAUCAGCAGCUCCACAAUGUUGUGAUCGACUGUCUCCAAGGUGGGGGCUUUUCGUGGCAGCCAGACGAGACAAUCGAAGGAGGAUGCGGUGAGCAAAGUUACUGGGCUCGAAUUUAGUCAAGCUUGCUCUAUAUAGAUUGCUGCUUCUAAUUGUGCAUGUUAUAAACAACAUUUUCUAUUUUGAUGAUGAUAGGCUAUACUCUAUGGCUGGAUUUAUGUAUUUUUUCCAAUGCUACAUUCAUUUGGCAGACCUAACUUGAUUGACCCUCUACAAGGCCUAGUCUAUGAGAGGCCUAAUCAUAUUUGUAUGAAUAUUUUGUUAACGCCUAUAGGCUAUAGAGAUGCAUUCAGGUAAUGAACUAAUUAUUAUUAUUACAGUCCCCUGUAGCUCAGUUGGUAGAGCAUGGCGCUUGCAACGCCAGGGUUGUGGGUUCGUUUCCCACGGGGGGCCAGUAUGAAAAUGUAUGCACUCACUAACUGUAAGUCGCUCUGGAUAACAGCGUCUGCUAAAUGACUAAAAUGUAAAUGUACAAAUUAUACAUCAACAUUUUAAUUUGAUUACAAUUAUUUAUUGUCAAUCAUUCUUGAAUUAGAAAAAAAUAUUAAAUAGUCUACUCUGUUACCCAAUACAUCACAUUAAAUUACGAGAUUGGAUUGCACUUUUUCCAGUGUUACAUUCAUUUGACCUAAUUCGAAUGAUUGCCCUUUAUUAGCAAUAUCAUAUUUUUCAUAGAAACGGUAGUCUAUGAUAGGCCUUUAUAUUUGUAUUGUCUUAAUUUGUUAAAGCCUUGUUAGGCUAUACAAUUAAGUAGAUUAAUGAACUGAUAAUACAUUCAUACAUUACUUUUUUCCCAAUCAUUUUUGAAUAUGAUAGGACGUAUAAUAGAAUGCAAUAUUCUAUGUGAAUAAUGUUCAUUAAUGUUAAUUUGGGUAUUAAUAAUAAUAAUCUGAUAAUCAGGCUGAAAUGUGAUAUUUCUCCUAUUUGUCAUGUCCAUGUAGCCUGGACAUUCGUUACCCGAUUAUCAAAAGCACUCUGGUAUAUGAACCCCCAUCUAGAGAAGUUUAGCCAUACCAGACAGAUUCCUGCAAUUACCAAAAGGCCUUAGAUCCUACAACAGAUACCAGGAAACACGACACAAGGCAUCAAAACUAAGUCAAGAUCAACUUCGGGAUCAUUGCAGUCAGCUCUCUUAUCUCAAUAUCCCAGCACUGAGCUCACCGGAAUCACUUCACAGGUAUUUAAAUGAAUGUAUUGUGUCAUUUUUCUAUAUCAAUUAAGUUUGUGGCACACUACUACUCCUUGUAGAUUCAUGUCAAACAUACUGUUUCUGAUAUUGUAAAAUGUCACAAUUUAUUCAGGAAAUGUAAAAAAUGUAUCUUCAAAAGUAAGUGUAAGCUUUGUGUUAACCUCUCAACUAAAACUGCCUGUAAUCCUUGGUCACAUUAGAUUUUACAUUUUAGUCAUUUAGCAGACGCUCUUAUCCAGAGCGACUUGCAGUUAGUGAGUGCAUACAUUAUUCUUUUCCAUAUUUUUUUUCAUACUGGCCGCCGGUGGGAAUCGAACCCACAACCCUGGCGUUGGAAGCGCCAUGCUCUACCAACUGAGCUACACGGGGCCCAUCUCAGAGAAGAUGUGGUGCGUCUAACAGAGUCCAUAGCAGCUUAUGCAUCCCACUUGGAGAAGGUGAAUCAAGCAAUGGCCAGACGUCACCAACAGCCCACUCCCCUAUGUUUUAUGCUACACUGUGAGAGCAUCAUGCGGACCGGUCAGCCCCCAGUACAGCACUCUCUUACAAGCUUUGGAGAAAGUGCCCCAAUACCACCCCCUCUUUCUACUGGACUUUGCUCCUGAAGAUAGAUUCCAGAAAAGGAAAUGGAUUGACAACUUGAAACUUCCAUUGACUUUCACUUUGUACAAGUAUGCCUGUGGUAACUACCUAGGCACUCUGGCAUUCAAAUGGAAGGUAUCCUCACAUAGCAAUGGUGUUCAUGAGACCAGGCAAGCGUCUGUCAUCGCCCCACUGAGAAAAUAAAUACAAACAUACCACACUAGAGCAAUGCAAAAAGCAUUCCUGAGCAAAUACGCACAUGCUGCCAAAGUGAACACCUACUUCCUGAGAGAAAUGUAUUGGUUUCUGACAGAUGACAAGAGUUCAUCAAAUGAUGAUGAACAGGGCCUACUUGAUGAGAGAGUAUCCUUGUUCCUCCUUGAUGGUGAUGACCCAGACCUGAUUAUGGAUUUACGGAUGAAGUACAGUAUUAUUUUAACGAAUACACAGCUCAGGUCAACGAUCGCAGACAUGGGGAGUACUUGUACUUACCUUUUGCUAUAUCAGUGGAGGACUUGCGUGACACAGUGGAAAAGCGGCUUCCACCAGAAACUACAAUCCCAUCAAUACAGUGGCUAAGACUGCAGUUUACACCCAAGAAUCCAUGGUCCAUGUCUGCUCUCCAGUACACAGGAAGGUUUGACCUCAAGUUCAUGGUCCAGUCUCGGGUGAUAAGAAUGGGACAUCAAGACUCUGGUGCAGUACAGUGGAACUACAUUAAACAGUUUGCCUGCAUGUGGCAGAAGGACUGUGAAAUGUUAUGUGUGGAUGAUAAGGCAAUCAUCCCUGUCGGAGAACCUGGCCAGCCUAUAGGGACCUGUAACAGAGGCAGACAUCCAAGCAUUGCUCCUGUGAGUGGGCCAGUUCUAGCAGCUGCCAACCAUGAUUACCACAUCAGUGGUCUUGUACCAUCUGUCAUGUUGAUCCCAGACAUCCCAUCAUCUCCAUCUAGUUCAUUCUAUGUCACUGUCAAGGACAAGGCUUUCCAGCCAUCCAGCCCCCUUCGACACACAGUUGAAAAUCUCAGCAUCCUCAGAGGAGAGAACUACAGUGAAGAUGAUGUCUCUCUCAACAAGUCAAUCUUGAUAAUUUCAAUCUGAUGGUGGGCCAUACCACAUAACCACAUAUGCCUCUGUUCAAGCAUGCCACACACUCCUGUUUGUUCAACUGGAUCUUGACAUGCUUACCGCCUGUAGAACAGCACCAGGUGACAGCUGGGCCAACCCUGCCGAGAGAGUUAAUUCCCUUCUAAACUUGGGGCUUCAGGGAACAGCCCUGGCUAGGGAGAAGAUGGAAGAAUCAAAUGAGAAGCGUGUGAAGACGUGUAGCACAAUGACAAGCCUACGUGAAACAGCCACCAAACAACUAGACCUGAAAGAGGCUUUUGAAAAGAGUAUCCAUCCUGUUGCAGCUGAGUGGCUGGUUGGUUUGAGCGCCUGAAGUGGAAAGGAACACACGUAGAAGUACAUCAGCCCGCAACACAGGAAGAAAUUGCCAAUAUUGCACAACAAUUCAACAUCAUUUGUAUAGAAGUUGACAUGAUGCAUGACCUCAGCAGCAAAGGCCUUGACAAGGAACCGUACAAGAAAUUCCAGGACAGACAUUUCAAGAUGUCACAAUACAUGGUACAGAUCAAGAAAUGCGAGGGAGAAGAUCCAUGCUGGUACUGCUUAAUGAGUCCUCCACGCUUGCCAGAAGAACAAUUUAAGAAAUUAAGGUUUGCGCCUGAUCCAACAUUGACAGCAGACAGACGUGAGUACCAGAAAUGUAUUGAUCUUUACAGCUUGGACACCACUGACAAUGAUAGGUCUUCUCUGACACCAAAUAUAGAAAAUGUAAAGAUGAGUGCUGCCAUGGUCAGUGCAAAGGUGAGAGGGACCAUCAACUGUGUUGAAUGUGAGAAACCAAGGUGCUUGUAUGCCAAAAGCAAGCUGUCUAAAGAAGAACAGAAAGCAGUCCAACGCAUUCGGGAUGAGAACAUCUUUACAUGUGGUUUAGAGCUUUUCCAAGAAGACAAUCCAUAUAUAUCGAGCAGAUAGUUGCUUUCAAGAGGCUAACCUGUGGAAUGCAAGUGGAGGCGCAGUAUUACUCAGCAAUCACAGUGUCAUUCCCAGAUGUGUGUGUCCAUUGUUGAUGUCCAGAUCUUCUUGAGGGGGAAGAGGUGGUGAGGCUCAAACAAUAAUUCUGACAUGUCAGGCCAAUGUGCCCAGUGUGUAAGCAAGAAGGAAAGGAGUUCAUUACGAGAGCUCUUAUAAAUCUUAAAAAGAAAUGAACACCCUAGAGACCAGAAUAAACAACAAAUAAAGGACAAAACAGACCAUGCUGUUGAACAGUAAAAAGCAGCAGGUGAUUGUGCUAUUGCCUCUGACCACAGAACAUUGGCCGUCAUUUUCAUUUCCAGACGAUUCUACAUGUUGAAUGGCCAUUGUUUGUUGACACCCAGUAGGUGAUCUACUGCACACGGCCAACUUUAGUUAUGGUGUAUUGUGAAGCUGUUUAAAAAAUAAAUAAAAAAUCAGGAAUAAAGAAACCGUCACAAGUUAUACUUCCCAUUGUGUUUCAUUUCUCAUGGUUAUAACAACAUUGUAACAUCUGCAUUAUUUUAAAGAAAAAUAGUGUAGGUUUUCGCAUGGAAUAAUAUAACUCUUGAAGCUCACAUUAGGUGUAGAGCCUGCAUAAGUGUCUAGGACAAUGUGGUAAAGUACUGUUAUUCCUUAUCCACUUAAUGUUUUUUUUUUUUUUUGCUCGCUCGCCUCACUUUUCUGGAGGGGAAAUCCGUUAAACAGUGAAUCAAUUUUGUCUGGCCUUAUUUUACCAUGUAUGUCAACUGAGAACACAUUCUAAUUUACAGCCAUGACCUGGGGAAUAGUUAUAGGGGAGAGGAGAGGGGAUGAACGAGCCAAUUGGAAGCUGGUGAUGAUUAGGUGGCCAUGAUGGUAUGACGGCCAGAUUGGGAAUUUUGCCAGGAAAGCGGGGUUAAUACCCCUACUCUUACAAUAAGUGCCAUGGGAUCUUUAGUGACCACAGAGAGUCAGGUCACCUGAUUAACGUCCCAUCCGAAAGACGGCACCUCUCUGUUGGAUGUUUGGUUGUAGACUGAUACAUUGCAAUGCAUUGAAUUUCUCUUUUUUCUUUUUUUUCCUAUCAGCAACUGCACACUCUGGAGAAAGACCUUGUGUCUGCCUGUGACCUCCUAGGUGUCGGUGCUGAGUACGCCAGAGUGGUGGGCUCGGAAUAUACCAGGUGCUGUAACCUUGAUGCUCUGAACUAUUUACUUUUUAUGUCCACAUUGAUUCAUCAUUGAAACGAGCGAUGUUAUUAAACAUGCCCUCCAAUAGACUUAAUUUACAUUUUCCUAUAACGAUAGACUGAAUAGGUGAUGUAUGUUUUCACAGAGCACUGUUUCUCCUGAGUAAAGGAAUGGUAAGUCUCAAAUUCUUUGUUAUGAAAAUGCAUAAUUUUUAAUGGCUGUUUGCAUUUUAGUAAGGAUCAACAGAUAUCUUGAGUAUGAUAUGUACUUAAAGUGAUACUUCAGGAUUUUGGUAAUGAGGCCCAUUAUCUAUUACCCCAGAGUCAGAUGAACUCGUGGAUACCAUUUUUAUGUCUCUGUGUCCAGUAUGAAGGAAGUUAGAGGUAGUUUCGCGAUAUACCAUAGACUUCCUUCCAGUCAUUGCGCUAGCACUAGUUAGCAACUUCCUUCAAACUGCACACAGAAGCAUAACAAUGGUAUCCACAAGUUCAUCUGACUCUGUGGAGGGUCUCAUUGCCAACAUCCCAAAGUAUUCCUUUAAAGCAGAGAAAUAAAAAAUUAUUUUGCACUGGAUAAUCCAUACCAUAAUGUGUCUUUUUGUCCUGUGUAUCAGCUCCUACUGAUGGAGAGGAAGCUAGGGGAGGUGCACCCUCUGCUCACUCUGUGUGGGACCAUCGUGGAGAACUGGCAGGGAAAUCCCAUCCAGAAAGAGUCUCUCAGGGUCUUCUUCCUGGUGCUGCAGGUCACACACUACCUGGACGCUGGACAGGUAAGGACUCCUCUUGGCCAAGACCAGGGUGCACAACACAUGUCAUGGAUAGUGAAUUAAGGACACCCAUGACAACAGUGGUGCACCCCUGGUCAAAAAUAAAUACUUUCCCUCUAGUUUGUAUGGUAAUUGUUAAGUAGUUACAUUGAUAGUGACCCCUUCCUUACGUUGUGUGCUGCAGGUGAAGAGUGUGAAGCCCUGUCUGAAGCAGCUGCAGCAGUGCAUCCAGACCAUCUCUACACUCCACGACGAUGAGAUCCUGCCCAGUAACCCGGCUGACCUCUUCCACUGGCUGCCCAAGGAGCACAUGUGUGUUCUCGUCUACCUGGUGAGCCCCAUCUCUUCCUCAUUCACCUGAUACCUGAGGACUGAUUCCGCCAUAAAUACUUGUGCAGAUCUGAAAGGAUUGGACGGCUAUAUUGUGGUAAUAGCAACAUUUUACAUGGUAAUAACUAGGGCCGGAACGAUACCAGUAUCCCGAUAGUAAACAAAACAAAAAGCGGAUUUAACGUCUUUACUAAUGUUGGAAACAAACAUCAUGUUUUCAUCCAGAGUAAUAUGUAUUUAUUUUCCAAGCUAUAGCACACAAUAUUUUACAUACAUCAGGUUUUUAAAGGUCUGCUUCGUGUUUUCAUUUUUGCCAUGGAUAAAGUAUUGCGAUACUGGUAUCGCCACAGCCUAAGUAAUAACCAGGGUUGGGUAGGUUACUUUUUAAAUGUAAUCUGUUAGUUACUGUCCAAAAUUAUAGUCAGUAACGUAACUUUUGGAUUACCCAAACUCAGUAACAUAAUCUGAUGACUAUGAUUACUUUCCCCUUAAGAGACAUUAGAAGAAGACAAAAAGGAUCCAUCAAACACAUUUGGUGUGUCAUCAUAGUGGUCUCUGAAUUGUGGUCAGAGUCACUCAGGUGGAACAAACUUAAACUUGCGCAUUUUUUCAAUGCUGAACUUGUCAUUGAGAAAACAGAAAGGUGUCAUAAUGUAUAUUUUUUGCAAACAUCCUUUCUGAAUUUAAAAGUAAUCCAAGAGGUAAUCAUCUAUUUUUUCAAAAGUAUCUGUAAUCUGAUUACAAUAUUUGUGCUGGUAACGGAUUACAGAUAAAAACUAUUUUUUACAUAGCUUAUUACGUGUAGUCAGUUACAUCCCAACCCUGGUAAUAACCUUGUUCUCUAUAUGUUCCAGGUGACUGUCAUGCACUCCAUGCAAGCAGGGUAUUUGGAGAAGGCACAGAAAUACACAGACAAAGCGCUCAUGCAGCUUGAGAAACUAAAAAGUAGGUGAAUUGAAGCCCACUUAUCUCGCCUCUGUUUAACACUUACUGUUGUCUAAAACAUCUUCUUGACUCCAUCUAUUUCAGUGUUGGACAGCAGUCCCAUCCUCUCCACGUUCCAGGUCAUUCUGCUGGAGCACAUCAUCAUGUGCCGGCUAGUCACUGGUCACAAGGCCACCGCAUUACAAGAGGUAAUGUAGAAGCAACUGUAGACCCAUUUUAUUUAUGUGAAACCUUACUCAUUCACUCUGAACUGUGCGAAGUUAUAGUGGAAAGUUGAAUCAAAGUAACUACUGGACUAUAUGUGGUCCUCUGUAGCUCAAUUUGUAGAGCAUGGCAUUUGUAACGCCAGGGUAGUGGGUUCGAUCCCCGGGACCACCCAUACGUAAAAAUGUAUGCACACAUGACUGUAAGUCGCUUUGGAUAAAAGCGUCUGCUAAAUGGCAUAUUAUUAUUAUUAUUUUUAUUAUUAUUAUUACAGUGGGGGAAAAAAGUAUUUAGUCAGCCACCAAUUGUGCAAGUUCUCCCACUUAAAAAGAUGAGAGAGGCCUGUAAUUUCCAUCAUAGGUACACGUCAACUAUGACAGACAAAAAAUCCAGAAAAUCACAUUGUAGGAUUUUUAAUGAAUUUAUUUGCAAAUUAUGGUGGAAAAUAAGUAUUUGGUCAAUAACAAAAGUUUCUCAAUACUUUGUUAUAUACCCUUUGUUGGCAAUGACACAGGUCAAACGUUUUCUGUAAGUCUUCACAAGGUUUUCACACACUGUUGCUGGUAUUUUGGCCCAUUCCUCCAUGCAGAUCUCCUCUAGAGCAGUGAUGUUUUGGGGCUGUCGCUGGGCAACACGGACUUUCAACUCCCUCCAAAGAUUUUCUAUGGGGUUGAGACCUGGAGACUGGCUAGGCCACUCCAGGACCUUGAAAUGCUUCUUACGAAGCCACUCCUUCGUUGCCCGGGCGGUGUGUUUGGGAUCAUUGUCAUGCUGAAAGACCCAGCCACGUUUCAUCUUCAAUGCCCUUGCUGAUGGAAGGAGGUUUUCACUCAAAAUCUCACGAUACAUGGCCCCAUUCAUUCUUUCCUUUACACGGAUCAGUCGUCCUGGUCCCUUUGCAGAAAAACAGCCCCAAAGCAUGAUGUUUCCACCCCCAUGCUUCACAGUAGGUAUGGUGUUCUUUGGAUGCAACUCAGCAUUCUUUGUCCUCCAAACACGACGAGUUGAGUUUUUACCAAAAAGUUCUAUUUUGGUUUCAUCUGACCAUAUGACAUUCUCCCAAUCCUCUUCUGGAUCAUCCAAAUGCACUCUAGCAAACUUCAGACGGGCCUGGACAUGUACUGGCUUAAGCAGGGGGACACGUCUGGCACUGCAGGAUUUGAGUCCCUGGCGGCGUAGUGUGUUACUGAUGGUAGGCUUUGUUACUUUGGUCCCAGCUCUCUGCAGGUCAUUCACUAGGUCCCCCCGUGUGGUUCUGGGAUUUUUGCUCACCGUUCUUGUGAUCAUUUUGACCCCACGGGGUGAGAUCUUGCGUGGAGCCCCAGAUCGAGGGAGAUUAUCAGUGGUCUUGUAUGUCUUCCAUUUCCUAAUAUUUGCUCCCACAGUUGAUUUCUUCAAACCAAGCUGCUUACCUAUUGCAGAUUCAGUCUUCCCAGCCUGGUGCAGGUCUACAAUUUUGUUUCUGGUGUCCUUUGACAGCUCUUUUGUCUUGGCCAUAGUGGAGUUUGGAGUGUGACUGUUUGAGGUUGUGGACAGGUGUCUUUUAUACUGAUAACAAGUUCAAACAGGUGCCAUUAAUACAGGUAACGAGUGGAGGACAGAGGAGCCUCUUAAAUAAGAAGUUACAGGUCUGUGAGAGCCAGAAAUCUUGCUUGUUUGUAGGUGACCAAAUACUUAUUUUCCACCAUAAUUUGCAAAUAAAUUCAUUAAAAAUCCUACAAUGUGAUUUUCUGGAUUUUUUCCAGAAAAGGCCUCUCUCAUAUUUUUAAGUGGGAGAACUUGCACAAUUGGUGGCUGACUAAAUACUUUUUUUUCCCCACUGUAUAUGAUGGGCAUUUUCCUGCCCAUUGACAGUUGAGAUAGGAUGGAGAAUAGAGGCAGCAUGUCAUUUAUAAGGAUGAUUACUUUUUCUCCCCGUAUCCCAGAUCUCCCAGGUCUGCCAACUGUGCCAACAGUCCCCCAGGUUAUUCACCAAUCACGCUGCCCAGCUUCACACUCUACUAGUGAGUAUUUUAAACCUUCACCCAGAAGACCCUCAAUUCACUGCCUUGAAUAACACAGUUGCCACCCCACUUCUCUAGCUGGGACGACUGUAUCUCUAAAACACUUAACUUUGUUUAUGUGCUGUUCCAUUUCUCAGGGCCUAUAUUGCAUAUCUGUCAACUGUAUGGACAAUGCAGAGGCACAGUUCACCGCCGCUUUGCGGGUAAGUGACGUAAGUCGUAACGCUAAGCUUAUUAUAUGGGUUUAUGUCUGCAUGUGUUCAAUAUGUUUUACAUUGUCACAUUUUGGGUAGUGAUAGUGAGUAAAUCUGUGUGUUUCCUUUCCAGCUAACCACACACCAGGAGCUGUGGGCGUUCAUUGUGACAAACCUGGCCAGCGUCUACAUCAGGGAAGGAAACAGACACCAGGAGGUUAGUACACACUCUAUUCAUUUUUACUCAAAAGAAAGUAUUGUCAACUGUAUUAACUUCGUUCUUUCUUUUAAAGCUCUACAGUCUCCUUGAGAGGAUAAACCCUGAUCACAACUUUCCUGUGAGGUGUGUAAGCGCGUAUUGCAUAACAGAGAUUUUAAUGGUUACUCAAUCUUGCUUUUGUAAUCCAAACACAUUCUCAGAGCCAAAUACCUUAUUUUUGAAGGCUAAGUGUGCAGCCUGUUGGUGAGAAGGUGUAUUGACUUCGAGUUGAUUGACGUGUGUUUGUGUUGCAGCUCUCACUGUCUCCGUGCUGCAGCCUUCUACAUCCGAGGACUCCUGUCCUUCUUUCAAGGACGCUACAACGAGGCCAAGUAAGUCUCCCCCACCUCCUCUUUUACUGAGUUGCUGAGAAGUGUCCCAUAAGUUCCUCAAACUUUCAGUGGGAAUUGGGAAAUAAUAAUUUUGUGAUAAUAAUUUUAUUGCAGACGGUUCCUUAGAGAAACUCUGAAGAUGUCCAACGCGGAGGACCUGAAUAGACUGACAGCCUGCUCACUGGUUCUGCUAGGCCAUAUAUUCUAUGUACUGGGAAACCACAGGGUAAGAUCACUCCACAAUGGUCACAAAUUGAUCUUUUGCCAGAAACAUCUACCCUGCCCCUGUUGGUUUAUUUAUUGGUAUAUUCGGAUCCCCAUGAGCUUUUGCCGAAGCAGCAGCUAUUCUUCCCGGGGUCCACAAGUAACAAGACACUGAUAGACAAGGACAGUCACACAAAUUUAAAAUACAACGAUAUACAAAAAAUACAACUAAAAACAUGUAAUAAUAGUACAAACAAUACAAUGAAAAAAAAUGUGUGUCUGUGUCCCAAAUACAAACUUUUCACCUUUUGUUGUCCAUGCCGUACUGUGUGUAUGUAUACAUUUUAUUCAACGUGUGUGCGGCAAAAGAUUUUGCUUCUGUAGGUUGCAUAACAAUAUGUUGUUGUUUUUGUCCAGGAGAGCAACAACAUGGUGGUUCCAGCGAUGCAGCUGGCCAGCAAGAUCCCGGACAUGUCUGUCCAGCUGUGGUCCUCUGCCCUUUUAAAAGGUACGCCCACACCUGCACAUUUUCUUUGUCUUUGGAUUGAGCUUCAUUGCUCCCUACUAGGCUUAAAGUAUUUGAGGUAGGUUUCCUUGACCACAUUGUUUUUGUCUUGUCCCGGUAGAUCUGAACAAGGCCCUGGGAAACACCAUAGACGCCCAUGAAGCAGCUCAGAUGCACCAGAACUUCUCCCAGCAGCUUCUCCAAGACCACAUCGCUGCCUGCAGCCUCCCCGAACACAACCUCAUCAGCGUACGUAUCAAUUUAUCCAUGUUAACUUUCUAUCUUUCAUUAUUACUGCCGUCAAGGUUGUGUAUUGUAGAUAGAUGAUCUAGCUUGUUUAGCUGUGUUUUUCUGUCUGUCCUUUUGUCUUGUCUAUCCAUCUGUCUGUAUGACUGUCUAUCUGGCUCAGAUGGGUAAUUAAUAACUCUAAUCUGUCUCCUCUGUAACAGUGGACGGACGGCCCACCACCUGGGCAGUUUCAAGCCCAGAACGGCCCAACAACCAGCCUGGCCAGCCUGCUAUGAGCAUCAGGCUCGUAACACAAGGGCUACCUUCCUUCUGGCCUCAAAGAUGUCUAGAAUUGAACCAUAGUUUAUUUCUGUCUUAGGAAAAUUAGAGGGGGAGUGUGAAAACAUUGUAGCAGUUAUAUGAUAAAUGUAUUAAUGUUGGGGGGUUUUCUCCAGCUUUUCUUUGUAUGAAUGCAAUUUCUCCUUAUGCAUGGAAGUUCCUGAUAUUGAUUCACUCUACACGUGUUGCUAACCAUCUGCUGAGGAUUUUCACAGCUAGUCAUUGUUUUGCACCACCACAUCCUCAUGAAUUAGUAGGUACACUUGGCAUCACUUCUCAUUUAUUGAACCAGUAACAUGUUUUGUUUCAUGAUAAGUUUGGACUUGGAUCUGAAUGUUGAAUUGGUAGUGUUGUUGAGCUAAAGGGUUUACAUUUCUUGCUGAAAGACUGCGAGAGACAAUAGUGAAAGAAUUGAAUGUACAAGUGCAGUUACUUAAUGGACCCUGUUGAGCUUUUAUUUGAAAAACCUGCUUUGAGAGACUUUCUUUGUUGUAACAUUUGGCCUGUCAUAGAUUAGCAAUUUGCCCGUUUUGAAGAUGCAUCACAAACUCAACUAUUGUCUGUACAUAUGAACUACAGUUAAUUUAAGUUCCACAGAUCAUGAAGUAGGACAUUUUUUGAACAUACAAGGAACUUCAGAUAAAGAAAAUCAAUAUUACUUUUUGUAAUAUUAGAAUUUGUCUUUAUAGUUCUAGUUAAGGGUUUUCUUUACAAUACAUUGUAUCGAUAUGCCACAUGCGAAACCUUUAUUGUACAGUGACAUUUUAUAACGUAAAUGUAGUCAAGUGUGUAAUGAAUUUUAAACUAUCAGAUGUAGUAUUCCAACACAAUGCUUGAAAUUUAAGUCAAUCUUAAUGGACACAUCAGAAGCUUGAGUACUUGCCAUAUUCUAUUCAAUGCCUAUACUUUUAUUGCUUGUUUUAAUAAUUUUUCUGACAAAAGUGAGAAUAAACAUGGUAUUUGCAACCAUCAUUUUGCAUUGUUUGAGAAAGUGCGUCAGUGGGCAAUCUUAUCUUUAAUUCAUCAGGACUUUUCCCACAAAUGUACUGAAAAUACUACAUGCAUGCAUGUAGCAUAUAAUAAUUUCAUACCAUGAUAACCUAUGUCCACAUGAUCCAUAGAUGAGAGUGCAAUUCACCUGAGUUAACUGAUUUGUAAAUGAUUGACCGCAACUCCCUGCAUAAUGCUGUGCUGUGUGUGCAUCAAGACGAAAGUGAAACUGGGCCAACGGGAGCAAUGAAAAGAACGAUCAAAUAAUCAAAAAAAAAAUGCCCAGGAAAAGGCAUGUGCCUGGCUGAUGCUUCAUUCAAUAAGAAGUUUGCACUUUGCACCAUUCCAUGUAUUCUCUAAUUAUCUUUGUAAUCAUACAUAGAACAAACAUUUUUGCAACCACUUCAACUAAAGCUGCGUUUACACAGGCAGCCCAAUUCUGAUCUUUUUUCCACUAAUUGGUCGUUUGACCAAUCACAUCAGAGCUUUUCACAUCAGCGCUUUUUCAGAGCACUGAUUAGUGAGAAAAAUAUCAUAAUUAGGCUGCCUGUGUAAACGCAGCCAUAGUAGACGAAAAUCCGGGACACUCAAAUUAGUAUAAUAUGUUACGUAUGGUAUGUUUUAAUUUGUGUAUGUCCAUCAUCCAUUUGUAUAAUAUGUUACGAAUUACAAUUCGUACAACAUGUUACGAAUUUUCAAUAUGUAUUAUAUGUUAAGAAUUCGCUGGUAAGAAUAAUUAUUCUCAGUGUGAGUAAAGAUGCUACAACACAGGCCCCAUAUUAAUACUAGAUGCCUCUGUUUCAUGUGAUAUUGCUGCAUUAGGAAUCUGAUGAGAAGCAGACAGAGAAGUCUGUCUCUAUCAUUGAGGAUCAGUGGAGGCUGCUGAGGGGAGAACGGCUCAUAAUAACGUCCGUAACUGAGCAAAUGGAAUGGCAUCAAACACCUGGAAACCAUGUGUUUGAUAUAUUUGAUACCAUUCCACUGAUUCCGCUCCAGUCAGUACCAUGUGCCUGUUCUCCCCAAUUAAGGUGCCACCAGCCUCCUGUGUUGAGGAUAUGCAGGACAAGUCUGUCUCUGUUGUUAUGGAUGUGCAGGAGAAGUCUGCCUCUAUCAUUGAGAUAGUGCAGGAGAAGUCUGUCACUAUUGUUGAGGAAGUCCAGGAGAAAUCUACAUCCUCCAAAUGCUCUGCCAUCUUUGCUUCAACCAGCCACGGUGUGGAGAACAGUUCCAUUGAGGAAGGCAAUGCCCCCAGUCCCUUCCAUCUCUCAGGACACUGGUAAGAAUCAUUAUGCUGUUAUUCUUAAUGUGAGUAAAAAAUGCUCUACUAAAAUUAGAUACCUCUGUGUGAUGCUGCUUCCCAAGAAUGAGCGGCAGAGAAAGGAGUCUACCUCUAUUGUUGAGGAGAGACAGGAGAAGUCUUCCUCAUCUAUUGUUCAGGAGGUCCAGGAACAGGCUGCCUCUUCCACAUUAUCUGCCUUUACCAGCAAGAAAAAGUCUGCUAAGGUAGGGAACAAGUCAUCUUGGUCCCUUGCAGCACGUCCAUCCCAUGGGGAGGAUUCAGAGCUGGCUGCACAGAGGGAGUCUCCGAAGAAGGAGAGGCUGUUCUACAGGCUUCACUGGACGAGGAGCAUUGCACAAACACAAAGAUCCGGUUUUAAGACGGAGCAGCACAAGAUCAAGAAGCUUGAGGCUGAGAAGCUGGAGCUGAACGGCCAAUCAGGAACAGAGAGAAACCAAGGAUAA